AUGUCAACCUUUCCAAAUAACCUCGCGGGCGGGGACUCCACCAACGGGCCGUCCGUGCCCACCAGCAAACGGAAGCAGACGCUGUUGACCCUGCUCGCCGCCCUACAAGAACUGAACAACGAUGACGAACUAGGAGCAGCUGGAGGCAACCAGGAGCCAAGCUUCGAAGGCGACAAGGACGUUCCCACCGUCGACGAGCACCUUCAGAAAGUUGGCGCAGAGGCCUUCCACCGCUUCGCGAGGAAACUCAACAACCUCGACAAGGAGCUGCGCAACUUUAGCAACUCGGCGCGUCAACUGGGUUCUUCCGUCGGCAUCCUCUCCUCGACGUAUCAUUUGCGCGAACGCCUAACUAUUAUCGGCUACCUAUUCCGCGAGAACGCGGCCGAUCUGUUCCCCAGAAAGAUCGCUCAUGAGAACCGAGACGCUCUGCACAAGCCUGCACUGCCUACCCGAGGGCGCGCGAAGUCAAAACCGCCACCACACGUACGCAGGCCGGUCGUGGUCGAUCCUCCAGAACAGGAAGAGUUUCCCCUACAGAUCAAGCUACUAGCUCAAGAUGUGAUCACAUUCUUGCAUUGUCUAAACGAGUUUCCGGAAUUCACGGACGAGGCCGUCAAUGCCUCCAUUGUAGCUUUCGAGGGAGACCUAAAGUACUGGGCAUCCUGCCUGAAGGCUUACGAAGGCCAAUUCAGAUACCCGGCCGUCCAGCGGUACCUACAUGAUCUUACUGAGGAGAUGGGCGAACAUAUCGAAUCGAUCACCCAAGCUCUAUCUAUGUUCGUCGAGAUUGGUGUACCCACCAUUCGAUUCGCUCAGAAGCACGGCGCGAAUAACUUGCUCAACCUGUCGACUGUGGCGACCUUCUUCUCUGCCGUCACAGCGACAACGUUGCAGUUCUCCUUCGAAACCGUCGGAACACCAGCGGCAGACGCUGUCAAUGGGUUCUGGUUCACCUCGAUGGUGUUCUCUAUCGCUGCAGCCGUGAACUCGCUUCUUGGGUUGACUUGGAAGCAGGCCAUGUAUCGUUCACCGGGCCAUCGUGUUCCCUGGUGGGUUCUCAUCUGGAUCAAACGGUCUCCAUUGGUCUUCCUGGUCCUGUCCGUCGCAUGCUUCUCCGUCGGGCUCGUGGUCUUCUCAUACUCUUCAAACCAGCAUCGGAUAGUGUCCACCAUCACGACAGUCUUCACGGCCUUCAGCAGCUUCGGCCUGACCGCUGUGUCCGCAUGGUUUGCGUUCGAGCGCUAUGCCUUCUCACGACAUAAGGGUACAAAGUGGCUUUCGGAUAUGCUGGAGGACUCUUGGGAUAAGUUCCUGGACUUUGGCCCCUUCCCCUUUCUGUCGCGCCAGUGGAACAUCGCAGAACGCAAAACCGGGAUAGUAGCCUCUGAGGCUAUUGGGCGGGUUCGUAGGGCGAAAGUCCGGGUCCGUCAGAUGCCCACGCGAGUCCGCGAGAAGCUCAAUAUCAGCCCGCAUACCAUCCCGUCGUCAUCCUCGGACGAAUCGAUCAACGGCUCUGUCGCAGGACCGCAAAGUCCCGAUAUAACAUCUACGAAUACGAAUGGUGGCCCAGUUGCUCGCAACCGUCGACAAUCAGGGAGCACGCACAUUACAGAUCCUCAUUCGCAUUCAGCUCGCUCGCCUUUAGCCGGCAGCACAACGGAACUGCUCUCUGAGAAGGACGGAACCGUGACUGUACCGGGAACACCUAUUUCCCCUGCCCCAUCUUCGCCCGGACGUACUCGACUUCGCAACAUGGUUCGCUCGGUGAUGAUGAUGCAAGCCGCCUCCGCGAAACCAGGCGCCACACGCACAUCCUCCGGAAUCCUACCGCCAAGCCGCAAAGAAACCAUGUACCCGGCCGCACCCCGCGCAAGUCGCGUAGCUGCGCUUGUCACCAAGUUGCGCAACCUUGGUCCGACAGAGGACCUGGCGGCUCAUACGGCGCUCGUGAGACACUUGCAGUUCAGCCCGGACGGGAAGUUCCUCGCUACGAGCUCUUGGGAUCGUACAAGUGUGAUCUUCCAAGUGGGCUCGCCGUUCAUGCAUCAUCGCACUCUUGCGCAUCCUUCUGGAUUUGUUGGACAAGUGGCCUGGUCACCUAACGGGAAGCUUCUACUCACGAAACUCAACCGCAGUGUCAAAGUUUGGACGGAGGCCGGUGUGUGUACUAGAACGAUAGAACGCGGCACUUCAGUACAGUCUAUCACUUGGAUGCCUCAAGGAGAAGCAUUCUUGUCGGUAGAAGGCGGCGGUGUUGCGCUGGUAGACCUGACCGGCAAACAAAUCGAUACGUUCCACUUCGACCGACUAAAGAUCCACGAUGUAUCCGUUACACCAGACGGCGCACGUAUGCUUUGUGUGGGCAUGUUGUUAUCUUCGCAGGACGGUUUGACGCCGAGCAAAUGUCGCGAGGAAAAGCAGAUCAUAUCCUACAACAUCGAGCGCAAAGAGAUUGAGAACCAGGUUCCCAUCCUCCACGACGUGCGCGACAUCACGAUUGCGAAGAGAGGAGACUACGCCUUGGUCAGCUAUGAGUUCAAGGCGCCCCCUCAAUUGUGGAAGAUCGAAACAAUCAGGCAACGGGUAGACGUUACGGAGGCGCAGGCCAGUGCAGCUGAGUUGCAACCUGUAUACACGUCGCGUCUAUCGCUGCGGCACACGUACAUGCCGAAGUUCCAAGUGGACUUCGCCGGCCCAAGUUACUUCGGAGGCAAGGAUGACCAACUCGUGCUGUGCGCUGGAAAGGCUGGAGACAUACAUAUUUGGGAUCGCGAGUCAGGUUCAUUACUACAUCAUCUGCGCGCUCAGAACUUCGGUGGCGGUGAUCUUACCUGCAUAGCUUGGAACCCAGCGGCAGACCCCUACAUGUUUGCAACGGGUAGCCAUGAUGGCGCGGUGAGAGUAUGGACAACGUACCCGCCUGGUCCGACGGCACCUCCCUCGAUCAACGAACCGCCAGGAUCAAGCUCGCGACCGAACUCUCUUAUACGUGAUCGCAGUCCACGACCAACACCCCGCUCGAUCACGCCGCUGAGCGAUACCGGGAGCUCUGGCCAAUACCUCGACCCUGAUCAGUACCGAACGGAAAGCCCGACACAACAGGACUUUGACAUCCCGGCCAUUGGCACACGCAGUCCGAACCGGAGCAGAAGCGGAAGCCAAUUGCAGAUACAGACUGGAACGCAGGUCGGCAGCCAGGAUACACUAUCUGCGCCACAGCCGACUGUACCGCCUCCAUUGAGACGCACAGUCGCCUUCCAGACUCCCCAGGCCUUAGGCAACGUCGGGCCUUCGCAAGGCGUCACCCCUUCACCGCCGCCAGAUCGCGAUGGUCCAUCUCGGUCGUCGACACUAUGA